UAUUCUUCUAACCUUUGACCUUAAGGCGGUUGGUUUUGAAAACGUGUUUACUAGAGCUGUGCUGUGGUUGGUCUUCCCUAGCAUCUGUAGUUCGUGUUAGUAAAAAAUGUCGGAUAAAGAGAAAGCUCAGGCAGGUAUCCCCCGCCCGGUUCGAGGUCUCCCUCGGCCCACCAGAGGCCUUCCCCGGCCCACAGCUCAGACUGGCGCCCGUGGUCCCGCUGUGAAGAUUGCGUUCGGUCGGCGCCUGCCGAUCAACAAGACAAAACCACGCCAAGAAACUUCUAUGUUGAUUGUUGUCCCCAACCUGUCAGAUGAAGAAGAAAAUGCAGAUGACACUGCUUCAACAAUUGACCUGGCUACACCCAGGCCCCUGGCUAUCAAGAAGCCCACAGUGACGAGGGACAAGACCGUGAAGCGCCUGCGCAACAACAGCAGCUCCUCAAAAGAGUCUCCUACAGCAGGACUGGGUGCAAAAAGAGCUAACAUAGAUGAGGAUAAGCUGACGGGCACAAUCGUCAAGAAAAGCUACAAACUGAGACCAAAAGCCAAAAACCCAGUGAAUGGGAUCUGCACUACAAACUUCAAUCCAAAGGCAACCCUGAACUUUGGCGCCCUUACACUUACAGGCAAGAAGAGCCUCCCUGAGAAGCAGCCAGGGGUGGAGAAGGAGAAUGCUGUUCUGAAAGAGCUCAAUGCUACCAAGAAGGAGCUCAACAAGGCCAAGGAGGAGCUAACAGUGGCCAAGGAGGAGCUAAAGGCGGCCAAGGAGGAACUAGAAGCAGCCAAGGCAAGCAAUGAGAAAGCCAUGGAUGCUGGAAUGCAUGAGUUAGAAGGAGAGGAUCAGCAGGUGAAAAAGAGUCUGGAAAUGUGUGAGAGGAAACUAAUGUCUCUGGAUGUUGACCCAGUAUCAUUGGAUACUUGGUUUGAACUGAAGGAGUCAAGAGACAAACAGCGGAAGGAGACAACAGCCCGAGCCCGUGCCAUGCACGAGAAAUGGAAGCAAAAUCGUGAGCAGGCAUUGGAAACAAAUAAGCAGCUACUGGAACUGAGGGAGAAGUUGGAGAAGAUCAGCAAAAGUGUGUGCAAGUCAGAGGACAAAAAAGCUUAAGAUACUAUAAGAGAG